AUGUCGGGGUCAUCAAGCAUCGUAGCGAUGAAGAAAAUCGUCCAGCAACUACGGUUUGAAGCAGGAAUAAAUCGAGUGAAGGUGUCCAUGGCCGCUGCUGACCUACAGCAGUUUUGUCUUCAUAACGCCCAGCAUGACCCGCUACUCACUGGAAUGUCAUCCAGCAACAACCCCUUCAGACCUCAGAAAGUGUGCUCCUUCCUAUAG